AUGGAGGCUGUGCGGGCCCGGGAGGCCCAGGUCAAACCUCGGAAGGAAGGUGGAGAUCCAAAAAGCAAACCACCUGGAGCCCCUCCUGUAAGUGAGUGCGCAGCGGCCCAGCUGCGAGGCCUGGUGAGAAGGCUGCGGCUCCAGACCGCCCUCUGCGGGAGGCGGCUGGCAGAGGGAGGCCUGUCCUCUGAGGCCAGCCCCCCAACCGGUAAGCCCUGGUCCUCAGCCCAGCCCACAGCUGUGCGGUGCGCGCAGGACCAUCGCGGCCUCAAGCCGCAGGAGCGAGUCCGGCUCCCCAGCAGCAUCGACUCCUGCACAGGAGCGCUGACGGCCCUGCCCGCCGUCCUGCGCACGUGUCCUGGGCUCGUGGCUCCGGCUGGGGAGCUGGACGUGGAGCCAGUCCCUCCACAGGCCUCUGGGCUGAGGGGACCGAUGGAUCCCCAUGAGCUAGCAAGGCACUACAGGAGUUCUACAAAAUUUCAGCUGGAUGUGGCGUCAGUGAUCCCAUUGGAUGUGUUUGGCCUCUUCUUUGGCUUUAAUCCAAUAUUUAGGAUAAACAGGAUAUUGAAGUACAGGUCAUUCUUUGAGUUUAAUCACCGCCUGGAAUCGAUUAUGAACAGAGCGUAUAUCUACAGGGUCGCUCGGACGGCGGGCUGCUUGCUGUUUGCUCUGCACGUGAAUGCCUGCAUCUACUACUGGGCUUCCAACCACCAAGGCAUCGGAACCACCAGAUGGGUGUACAAUGGUGAAGGAAACAUGUAUCUGAGAUGUUAUUACUGGGCAGUCCGAAGUUUGAUUACCAUUGGGGGUCUUCCAGAACCACAAACUUUAUUCGAAAUUGUGUUUCAGCUGCUGAACUUUUUCCUGGGAGUUUUCGUGGUCUCCAGCUUGAUUGGUCAGAUGCGCGAUGUCAUCGGAGCCGCCACGGCUGCGCAGAACAACUUCCGGGCCAGCCUGGAUCGCACGGUCACCUACAUGCACUCCUACGCCAUCCCCAGGCGAGUGCGGGCCCGCGUCCAGGCCUGGUAUGAGUACACGUGGGACGCGCAGAGGAUGCUGGACGAGUCGGACCUGCUCGAGGCCCUGCCCGCCGCCAUGCAGUCAGCCCUCGCCGUGGACAUGAACUUCAGCAUCCUCAACAACAUCGACCUGUUCAAGGGCUGUGACACCCAGAUGCUUCAUGACCUGCUGCUCAGGUUGAGGUCCACCGUCUGCUUACCUGGUGACUUUGUCUGCAGAAAGGGAGAAAUCGGCAAGGAAAUGUACAUCGUGAAGCAGGGGGAAGUCCGGGUUCUUGGAGGCGCUGAUGGAGCUCAAGUUCUGGUCACUCUGAAAGCUGGGACAGUGUUUGGAGAAAUCAGCCUCCUGGCAGCGACAGGAAGCCGCCGGACCGCCAGCGUGGUAGCCCACGGCUUCGUGCACCUUCUCGCCCUGGACAGGAAGUCCCUCCGGGAAACCCUGGUGCAUUACCCGGACUCAGAAAAGCUCCUCGUGGAGAAAGCCAGGUGCGCCCCACGACCCCCUAGAGGCAUCGCUCUCCGUCCCCGAGGAGACGGUGCGGGGAGGGCGGGCAGCCUUGUCCACGAUACCACACGCACAUGGAGCAGUGCUGUGGGCUGUGCGUGGGGCCACGGGCCGAGCAAGGCCACGCCUGUGCCCCCAAGCCAACCCCCAUCACACGCCUCCCCACAGGGCACUGCUCGGCAGCGACCUCUCCCACGCAAGGACUUGCCUUCCUCUUCCCACCAAGACCAGAGACACCCGAGCCCUGUGGACUCUCGGAGAGCGAACCACGCAGGUGAGAAGGGACUGCGGCCCAGGGAGACCUGGCCCAAUGCACCCCCAUCCCAGUGCACCCCCACCUACCCGCUCCCACCUAUCCUGCUCCCACUUACUGGUUCAGAGGAGUCGGUUGGAGAAGAGAGACUGGAGUUUCUCCCUGAGACUUCCCCACAGGGGGAAAACCACACUUUCUAUAGUAUUUUUAUGGCGUUCUGUUAA